AUGAGCAUCUUUAGCUUUUUCGGGAAGGAUGCGAAGGAAGAAGACGAAGACAGCGAGUGGGCAAGCUCCUCAGCGGAAAGUGAUUUCAUCCCAGAAGAAUCUUCUGAAAGCGCGAGCAGUCAGGACGACAGAAGCUCUAGUUUACACUCAACCAGAGGAAAGAAAAGGCAAAAGAAGGUUGUCAGGAAGAAGAGCACGGAAAAAGAGCCAGAUGACGCCGACGAUGACCUUUUCCUGAAAAGAAUUCGGUUUGAUUUGAAAUGCCAUGAGUUUUGCAGGUACCAGAAAACAGGUGUGAGAUGGUUGUGUGAGCUGCAUGAGCAGUGCGUUGGCGGAAUUCUGGCUGAUGAAAUGGGCCUGGGCAAGACAAUUCAAGUGAUCACUUUUCUGAAGGCACUUGCAUUCUCACGCUUGUAUAACCGUGGAUUUAGGUUUACGGGACUUGGCCCAGUUUUGAUCAUAUGUCCAACAACACUUUUGCAUCAGUGGCUCAGAGAAUUUCACCGGUGGUUCGCUGUCUGUCGUGUUGCAGUCUUGCAUAGCAGUGGUACAUUUCGUGGCCAGAACGUCCAUUUAAUUCGGAAAAUGACCGCACCACGAAGUGAUGGCAGUGUUCUGUUGACGUCCUAUGGAACAUUUCAAAGAAACUAUAAGCAACUGGUUGAUAAGUCAUGGCAUUAUGUUAUCCUUGAUGAAGGACAUAAAAUUCGGAACCCCGAGGCACAGAUAACGAUUGCUAUAAAACAGGUGUGCACUCCUCACCGACUCAUCCUCAGUGGUUCGCCGUUACAAAAUUCUCUAAAAGAAUUAUGGUUAGCGUAG